AUGUUAGAUUUAUUUCCGUCUUACACAGAUUGCAAAGCCCAGUCAUAUACUUUUAUUACUGGUAUCCGGAUAUCAGAUCAACCAAUAUUGAUUACAGAGCAUGAUUUAAUUCAAUUUAAAUCAGAUCUUGGUCAUUUGGCCAAAGAACGAACACGACUGGAAUCGUUAAUUUCAUCUGAAUUAAUGUUUGCCUUGAGUUAUCCAGAAAGUGAAUUACGUAAAGAGCAUACUGAUGCUUGGAAUUUCUUAUGGACAUCAGGAAUAACUAUUAGUCAUUCCUAUGCUCCUGGAGCUGUCAAUGCAAAAGAUAUCAAUACAACAUUAUAUUACAUUGCAUCAAAUAGUCCAGAUUUAUUAUCAACUCAAUCAUCAAUGAUGAAUAAUUCAACUAUAAAUGAGUAUAAAGUUCGAUAUAAAGAUUAUAAUCAGUGUUUUCGAGGGACGUAUACUUUAGAAACAAAUUCAUUAUGGCAACCUGUUACAUCACUUGCAUCUAUGCAUAAUUUAAUACAGUCAUGGCGUCAUAUAUUAAUUGAUGGUGGAUGUGAGAAAUUACUCCAAUCCGGUGUUUAUGGUGUUCAUCAGGCUGUACUUCGUAGUAUCGGUUCGUUCUAUGUAGGCUAUGAUCAUAUAUCAUUUGAUUAUCCAACAGAUUCAUUGUAUCGUGAUAUUCUAUUCCGUCGAAUUCAUUUAAAUAAACCAGGUGUUUAUGCAAAUUUUGAAAUACGUCUAUUAUCUCGUGAAGGUAGUAUUAGUUCACCACAUUUAAUGGCUGUUGAAUUAUCUGUAUGGCGUUCUCCAAGUCUUACAACAUUAUUAUCUUCAUCAUUAUCUAAUAAUGUAUAUGAAAAUAGUAAUUCCAUUCUUCAAGCUAUAAAUUUCUUUAUUAAAUUAGAGAAUGAUGCAUUAAAUAGUUCACUUUAUGUUUGUCCAGCUGCUUGUUAUUCAACACCAGUUCUAGUCAAGACUACUAGACUCGUCGUGCCAUUUACCGUAAGUAUACCGCCUACAGCACUAAUGUAUCUAGGAACUGAACUCGGAGAGCUCAAGAAGUACAGUCAAACUCUACGUUAUGUUAAAAUAUCUCCCGGUCCAGCACCCAGACAUGAUAUAAUUACAUUGCAUAGACAUGGACAUGCAUUCGGAGGGUUACCAUGGCUUUUUUGGAUUAGUUUGGUUUUACUGAUCGCUAUUUUUCACAUGUUUUUCUGUAAAAUCAUAUACAACGAACUGCGAAAUAAGAACCAGAAGUUUGAACCUCAGAAUUCCUGGAAGUUACCACGAUACGCGUCUGAUUUGAUCUCCUCAACAGGCCUUGAAACUAAAGCCCUUCGAAACACCCAAAUAUCAAGACGAAGAAUAGUUGAUUUAGACACUGUCCCAUGACUGGGUCAUAGUGAAUCUAACUAUUUUUCAUCCAAUUCGCUUUC